AUGUGUGGUAUUGUUCAAGAAGACUACUAUAGUAUGCUUGCCUCCUCUAUAGAUUAUCUACAUGAUGAACCAGUUACCCUUUGGGUGAACAAAUUGGGUCCUUAUAACAAUCCACAAGAAACGUACAACUAUUACAGCCUCCCAUUUUGUCAUCCAUUAAGUAGUGCUAGUGCUGCACACAAAUGGGGUGGUCUUGGUGAGGUCCUGGGUGGCAAUGAACUCAUUGAUAGCCAAAUUGAUAUAAAGUUCCAAAAAAAUGUGGAUAAGACUGUCUUUUGCCAGAUAGAUCUUGAUGAAGCAAAGGUGAAACAGUUCAAGGAUGCAAUAGAGAAUAAUUACUGGUUUGAAUUUUUCAUCGAUGAUCUACCAUUGUGGGGAUAUGUUGGUGAGCUACAUCCUGAUAAGAAUGGUGGGGGCAAGCAUGUCCUUUACACACACAAAAACAUUAUUGUUAAAUACAACAAUGAUCAGAUUAUUCACGUCAAUCUAACUCAGGAUAUCCCAAAGCCUUUGGAAGUAGGAAAACAUUUGGAUAUGACAUAUUCUGUAAAAUGGGAUUCUACCAAUGUCACUUUUGGGAGCCGCUUUGAUGUCUACCUGGACCAUCCUUUCUUUGAGCAUCAGAUUCAUUGGUUCUCCAUUUUUAACUCCUUCAUGAUGGUUAUCUUCCUUACUGGAUUGGUGUCAAUGAUAUUGAUGCGAACUCUGAGAAAUGACUAUGCAAAAUAUGCUCGGGAAGAUGAUGAUUUGGAAAGUCUGGAGAGAGAUGUUAGUGAAGAAUCUGGCUGGAAACUUGUGCAUGGUGAUGUUUUUCGGCCUCCUCGCAACUUAGUUAUUCUUUCAGCUGUGGUUGGCACAGGUGCUCAGCUAGCGUUGCUGGUUCUUCUUGUCAUCUUGUUGGCUAUUGUUGGGAUGUUGUAUGUUGGGCGAGGAGCAAUUGUCACUACCUUCAUUGUGUGUUAUGCUCUUACAUCCUUUAUUUCUGGUUAUGUGAGUGGGGGAAUGUACUCACGGAAUGGCGGUAAAAACUGGAUUAAAUCCAUGAUCCUUACAGCUUCUCUAUUCCCAUUCAUGUGCUUUGGAAUUGGAUUUAUCUUAAACACUAUCGCUAUAUUCUAUGGGUCUCUAGCAGCAAUUCCAUUUGGCACAAUAGUGGUUGUAUUUGUCAUUUGGGCUUUCAUCUCUUUCCCUCUAGCACUUCUUGGCACAGUUGUUGGAAGAAACUGGAGCGGUGCUCUGAAUAAUCCCUGUCGUGUAAAGACUAUUCCUCGUCCCAUUCCUGAAAAGAAGUGGUACCUCACACCCUCUGUGGUUUCUCUGAUGGGAGGACUACUACCCUUUGGAAGCAUAUUUAUUGAAAUGUAUUUUGUAUUCACUUCCUUCUGGAAUUACAAGGUGUACUAUGUAUAUGGCUUUAUGCUGCUAGUCUUUCUGAUUCUUAUCAUCGUUACUGUUUGUGUGACAAUUGUGGGGACAUACUUUUUGUUAAAUGCUGAGAACUACCACUGGCAAUGGACUUCUUUCUUUUCAGCUGCCUCAACAGCUGUUUAUGUGUAUUUGUACUCAAUAUACUACUACUAUGUGAAGACAAAGAUGUCAGGCUUCUUCCAGACCAGCUUCUAUUUUGGUUACACUUUGAUGUUUUCUCUUGGACUAGGAAUUCUAUGCGGAGCUGUGGGUUUUCUUGGUUCCAAUUUGUUUGUCAGGAGGAUCUACAGAAAUAUCAAGUGCGAUUAA